AAUUUCUCUUUUGAUUGGUCAAUUAAACGCUUUGAUGUACGAAUGGUAUCAAGUUAAGUCUUUGUUUGAUAAGACUUAUACAUAAGACGAUUGUUGGCUUAAGAAAGCCCUCUCUUCGGUAUGUGUUUAUGCCUAACAUAGUACAAAUAAUAUAAUCAUCAACUGGUGUAUUCAGUCCUAUUUUUGAUCUUAAACAGCCAUUAUAAGAAGAAAAAUAUAAAAAUUCUACAAAUAAAAGAAGUGAUUAUAGUCUACAAAAAAAAUAACAGCUACUAAUCGUGUUGCGAUACGAAUAAAAGAGUUGAUAACAACGAUGAAUAGCAUAAUUGAAGAUAUCAAGAUUCAGCAUUGCCAAACACAAGUGAAGCAAGACAGAUUCUGUUAUACAUGGAAUAUUGUUGAUUUUUGGAAUAUUUAUAAAUUUAAAAUUGAUUUAUAUUCCAGCAAAGCCAAAAAUAAUUUUAGAUUUCGUAUGACUCCUAUAGAGAAAGGCGAUGAAUCAACAAUAAACUUUUAUGCUUUUAUAGAAUAUUUUGAAGACAAUAUGAAAAAAAGUUCUUUUAACAACUGGAUUCUUAACAAAGCUAACAAAAAUAUUUGCUGUUCUAUUUUGUUUAAGGCUAAUGAAAAAGAAAUUGCGAAAAUAAGCUCGCAACAUCUAGAAAUGAAACCUCAAAAUCAUUAUCUAUUAUAUUCACUACCUGUUUCAUUUCUUCCUUCUGCAUCUUCUAAUAUGACACUUACUAUAUACUUUGAAUUCUUUAUAUUUGUUGGAGUGUUUGACAAUAAUAUAUACUAUUCACAUAAGAGACAUGCUACAGAUAUUUCUAUUUAUGAGGAAAAAUCUGAUUCGCUUGUUACAUUUGUAAUAGGUCAAAAACGUCUUGAAGCAAAUAAGUAUUUAUUAUGUUCAAAAAGUAAAGUCUUUAAAGCCAUGUUUAAUGAUCUAAAAGAAAAUGCAGAUGAAAUACAGAUAACUGAUAUAAAAUACAAUACAUUAAAGGAAUUAUUAUUAUUUUUAAAAAUUGGUUAUUUAUCUCGAAGCUUGGAAAAUGUAAAUGCAAGUGUAAAUGUAUAUGAACUUUUUAGAGCCGCAGAUAAAUAUGAUAUACGAGACCUUAAAUUAAUAUGUGAACAACACUUAAUUAUAUGUACAACAGUAAAUAAUGUUCUCGAACAUUUUAAGAUUGCACAUUUAUAUAAUGGAAAAAUAUUGGCGGAAUGUACCAAAAAUUUUAUCAAAUUAUAUUUAAAAGUUUUUGUGGGUGCACCAGAAUUUAUAAACUUGAUGCAAAUGUAUCCCGAGUUAUUAACUGAGAUUAAAAAAGCAAAUUAAUCAAUGAAAACUUUAAAACAUAC